AUGUCAGUUCCAACAGAAAAUAUCAAUAAGGAGGUAAGUAAUGCUUUAGAGAGCUCUUCUUCGUCGUUCGUCACACCUGUGGACAGAGACGGUGUUUCUGAAGGUUUAGCACAGGAGGAGCCAGAACCAUUCACAGGGGAUUUAGAGAAUGGUAAAGAGGAUUGUGUUCCACAAGGCGGAGAUGAAUUGAGUCGUUAUGAAUCUAGUGUGGAAGCAUCGAGAACAUUAAGUCAACGGUUGACAGGAUCAGAAAGUUUGAUGAGCAAAGCCAAUGAGACUGAUGAACCGAUGCCUCCUAUGGGUGGAGGUAAAGAAUAUCCACCACCGUUAGGCUCAAGAGAGCCAUACAUGGUUGAAUAUAAUGGUCCGGAUGAUCCUAUACAUCCGCAUAAUUGGCCGUCAGUCAAAAAGGUAUAUUCCUGUGUGGUUGUAGGGCUUACCGCUCUUUCGGUUUCUCUUGGUUCAGCUAUGUUUUCCGCAGCUAAUCCUAUCAUCAUGGAAACUUACCAUGUUGGGACAAGUGUUGCGGCAUUGGGGGUGUCGUUGUUCGUGUUGGGUUUUGCUGCCGGUCCUGUUGUGUGGGGUCCUUUGUCUGAACUUUAUGGUAGAAAGGUUGUGAUGGUACCUUCGUGUCUUGGCUACGUCUGCUUUUCAUUUGCAGUUGCUACGGCAAAGGAUAUUCAAACCAUCAUGAUUUGUAGAUUCUUUGCUGGUCUUAUUGGUGCUGCUCCAUUAGUCGUUGUUCCAGCUUCUAUCGCUGAUAUGUAUGGAGCCGCGAAGAGAGGGCAAGCUAUGGCCAUUUUUGCCAUGGUUUUAUUUGGUGGUCCAAUGUUGGCACCAAUUUUUGGUGGUUUCAUUAUUAAGAAUCCACGCUUAGGCUGGAGAUGGACCUCAUAUUUCAGUGGUAUAGUCGGAGUUAUUGCAUUGAUAGGGGUUGUUUUCUUUUAUGAAGAAACUCACCACCCGAUAAUUUUGGUCAAGAAGGCUGAAGUUUUAAGAAGAAGAACCGGAAACUGGGGUAUUCAAGCACCUCAUGAUGAGGUUUCUUUAUCCGUGAAAGAAAUUUGUGAAAACACCAUAUCCAGACCAUUAGUCAUGUUGCUCAAAGAACCUAUCUUAUUAUUGAUCACUAUCUACAAUGCAUUUAUUUACGGUUUGUUAUAUUUGUUUUUAACUGCCGUUCCUUUGAUCUUCGCCGGUAAUUAUCAUUUCUCCCUGGGUGUCAGUGAAUUACCUUAUCUUUCUAUGUUGAUAGGUAUCGUUAUAGGAGGAUUUGUUUGCGUCUUCUUCGAUGGUAGAUAUACAAGAAUUAUGAAUGAAAAUAAUGGUAAACCAGUUCCUGAAGAAAGAUUACCAGCUAUGAUGAUAGGUUCUUUCGCAUUCGCUGGCGGUUUGUUCUGGUUAGGUUGGGCUGGUGAUUAUCCCGAUAAAGUCCACUGGAUCGUUCCAACUAUUGGUGCUGCGCCAAUCGGCUUUGGUUUGAUUGUCAUUUUCUUACCCUCUAUCAACUACAUCAUUGAGUGUUACUUAGUCCUUGCCGCUUCUGCAUUAGCUGGUAAUGCCUUCUUGAGAUCCGCCUUUGCUGCAGCUUUCCCACUUUUUGCUAAGCAAAUGUUUGUCAAUAUGGAAAUCAAAUGGGCCAGUACAUUGUUAGGUUGCCUCGCUGCUGUAAUGAUUCCAGUCCCAUUUAUGUUCUACAUAUAUGGCGCUCGUAUUAGACAUAAGUCUAAGUACGCAUUUGUCUUAUAA